UCGGUUUCAUGAAAUAUCCAAAAUCAAAUAAAUUAUCAUUGUUUUUUAUCAUUCAAAAACUUGGGUUUUUCCUUAUGGAUCUCUCUUAAGCAACUUCCUGUUCCAAUGAAAAUCUGUUCUUGAUCUUUGCAUUUUUCUCUUCAAACAAAUGAGACUUGGUUUUUCUUGACUCAUCAUGGUGAACAAGAAAAUCAACAGUACAAGUUUCCAAAAAUAGUUGAACAAAAUCAUUUCGUACAUAUUAAUGAUUAAUUGGAAUAUCUCAUAUGUAGUGAGUUACCAGUUCAUGUGGGAACCUCCUUGACCGUACAUUUCCUCCUUUUUAUCAUAUGCAUUUCAUUUUAUCCAAAAGCUUCGAGGCCGAAAAUGGUGUUAUAACAAUUUUUUUUUUGAAGAAAUUGAACUUUGGGUUAUGUCCAUGCAGUUGUUUCCUAUAUGGAGAAACCAAUUAAUUCAACCACUUUGGCCCGAACAAAAUCGGACCAGCUGGCGGAGACCCUGGCAGCGGCUUUCAAGCCACCGACGCAAAGUGAUCAGCCACCGGGAACUUCUGAUAGCGGGGGGACUCUAUCUAGGAAGUCGAGCAAGCGGUUGAUGAUGAGUGCAUCACCAGGGCGGAGCAGCGGGACUAGCAAAAAUAACACCCACAUUCGGAAGUCAAGGAGUGCUCAAAUGAAGCUGGACUUGGAAGAACUGAGCAGCGGGGCGGCUCUCAGCCGUGCCUCUAGCGCUAGCUUGGGCUUAUCUUUUUCAUUCACUGGCUUCACUGUGCCGCCUGAUGAGAUCGCUGAUAGCAAACCCUUCAGCGACGAUGAUAUACCUGAAGAUAUUGAAGCUGGCACCUCUAAGCUUAAAUUUCAGACAGAGCCCACUUUGCCAAUUUAUCUGAAGUUCACAGAUGUCACUUACAAGGUGAUUAUCAAAGGAAUAACAACUUCAGAAGAGAAGGAUAUCUUGAAUGGAAUCUCUGGUGCUGUCAAUCCUGGGGAAGUUCUGGCACUUAUGGGACCUUCAGGAAGUGGGAAGACCACGCUUCUUAGUCUGCUUGGCGGCAGGUUAAUUCAGUCUACUGUCGGUGGUUCAAUUACAUAUAACGAUCAGCCUUACUCCAAGUUCCUGAAAAGCAGGAUAGGAUUCGUGACUCAAGAUGAUGUCCUGUUUCCUCACCUUACAGUGAAAGAAACAUUGACAUAUGCAGCCUGCCUGCGACUGCCAAAAGCAUUAACAAAACAGCAGAAGGAAAAGCGAGCCAUAGAUGUCAUUUAUGAGUUAGGCUUGGAGAGAUGUCAAGACACCAUGAUAGGUGGAUCAUUCGUCCGCGGAGUGUCUGGUGGGGAGAGGAAAAGAGUUUGCAUUGGCAACGAGAUCAUAAUCAACCCUUCCCUUCUGUUUCUUGAUGAACCAACCUCUGGCUUGGAUUCCACAACUGCUUUAAGGACCGUUCAAACAUUACAAGACAUAGCUGAGGCUGGGAAGACAGUGAUAACAACAAUCCACCAGCCAUCGAGUAGGCUCUUCCACAAAUUUGACAAGUUGAUUCUUCUUGGGAAAGGCAGUUUACUCUACUUCGGGAAAGCUUCGGAAGCAAUGGUUUAUUUUUCAUCUAUAGGAUGUUCCCCUCUAAUUGCCAUGAACCCAGCAGAGUUUUUGCUUGACCUUGCAAAUGGGAACAUAAAUGAUAUUUCUGUGCCAUCAGAACUGGAGGACAAAGUACAAAUGGGGAACUCAGAAACAGAAAUAAGAAAUGGGAAGCCACCACCAGCAGUUGUACAUGAGUAUCUUGUGGAGGCCUAUGAGUCGAGAGUUGCAGCUAACGAGAGGAAGGAACUUAUGUCUCCUCUUCCCCUAGAUGAAGAGCUGAAGUUGAAAGUGUCUUCUUCAAAGCGGCAAUGGGGAGCAAGCUGGUGGCAGCAAUAUUGCAUCUUGUUCUGUAGAGGGAUAAAAGAGAGAAGGCAUGAUUAUUUUAGCUGGUUGAGAAUCACCCAAGUUCUUUCUACAGCAAUCAUCUUGGGAUUACUUUGGUGGCAGUCAGAUAGUAAAAGCACCAAAGGCCGUCAAGAUCAGGCAGGGCUGCUAUUCUUCAUUGCUGUCUUCUGGGGUUUCUUUCCUGUCUUCACUGCAAUAUUCACAUUUCCUCAAGAAAGAGCCAUGCUUAGUAAAGAAAGAGCGGCUGACAUGUACAGAUUGAGCGCGUAUUUUUUAGCUAGGACUACAAGUGACCUUCCACUUGAUCUGAUAUUACCAGUACUUUUCCUUCUGGUUGUCUACUUCAUGGCAGACCUGAGACUGAGUGCUGGUCCCUUUUUCCUCAGUAUGCUUACAGUUUUUCUCUGCAUUGUUGCUGCCCAGGGUCUUGGACUAGCUAUUGGCGCCACUCUAAUGGACAUGAAGAGAGCUACGACUUUGGCUUCAGUAACUGUGAUGACCUUCAUGCUAGCUGGUGGCUAUUUUGUGAAGAGUCAAGGUGUUAUUUCAAGAAGAAAGACGAUCAUCAACUUUCUCUGCCUUACCAACGAAAGUUCCAGUGUUCAUAUCCUGGAUCCGAUAUAUGUCAUUCAACUAUCACACUUACAAGCUUCUUCUCAAGGUACAAUACCAAGACAUCAUGCCUCCUGUAAAUGGUAUAAAAACAGACAGUGGCUUGAAGGAAGUCAGUGCACUGGUAGCAAUGAUUUUUGGCUACCGUUUCUUGGCAUACCUUUCUUUGCGGAGGAUGCAACUCCACUGUGGAGUUUAAAGAUAAUAUGAUUUUGAGGAGCAUUCGAAGAAAAGGGCUUCUGAGACCCAGUAUUUCGAGGGUAAUCCUGAAAA